AUGUCCGGAAUUCAGAUUGUUGCUACCAAGGAGGCUUGUCCUGUUGCUGGACCUUAUUCCCAAGCCAUCAUCGCCGGUCCCCAAGUCUUCGUCUCUGGUCAGAUCCCCGCUGACAAGACCGGCGCCCUGAUCGAGGGCAGCAUCACCGACAAGACAACCCAGUGCUGCGAGAACAUUGUCGCCAUUCUCAAGGAAGCCAACACACCCGUCAACAAGGUGGUCAAGGUCAACGUCUUCCUCGACGACAUGGCACACUUUGCCGAGAUGAACGGCGUGUUUGAGAAGUACUUUGCGCACAAGCCGGCAAGGAGCUGCGUUGCCGUUAAGCAGCUGCCCAAGGGUGUCCCCGUCGAGAUUGAGUGCAUUGCGUACAACGGUAUGCGCGCUAAGCUGUGA